UCUAUAACUUGCUUUGAAUGUGGUGGCAUGGGACAUAUUAGGAGGGAUUGUCCUAGUAUGGCACAGUUUAGCUCAGGUCGUGGCAGAGGUUUUCAAGGUACUGCAAAUAGAGGUGGUCGAACGUCAGGCUUUGAUAGAGGUUCAGGUCGAGGUUCUGGCUUUAAUGCGAAUAAGGAAGGCGGAGCCUCAACUUCAGCACAACCUAUGCAAGGUACCCAAACUAAUAAACCUGUUGUACAACCUAGAGUAUUUGCUUUGACUCAACAAGAGGCAGCGGCUUCUCCAGAUGUUAUUUCUGGUGCUCGUUUUGGCAACGACGGUGCAAGUAGAAAGUAAGGCAGCUUUUGACGAUAUUUUGGACUAGUUUGGUUGUUGUGUGUUAGCAAGGCAAUCUACAGUACAGUUGACUAGAGAGGGAGUUGGGCUUAGAGUUUGGGCUUGAGACAUAGAGGUUGGCCACAUCUCCGAGUUUUGAGAUGCCUUGUUGUUUUUGUUUAGAAUAAACUUAUUUGUACCUAAAUAUAUA